UUCAGCCGCGGCCUCAAUCAGUCGCCGGCUGACCCCUGCCCCCUUAUCAGCCGCGCGCCUAUCUCACGCCUGACGCCAAUCGCCACCCGCCGCGACGCGCUUCGCUCACUCACAAGUGUUGCUGCGAACAAGAGCGCAGAGAUGUUGUGGGCGUUUUGGUUGACCGUGGUGGCAUCGGCGCUGGGCUGCGAGCUGAUCCCGAGCGAAGACGCGCGCCCCAAGUCCCCCGGGGACAACUUCUAUCGCAUCCUGGUCAACGGGGAGGUGGAGCGAUACGUGCCCAACCAGCGAUAUGUUGUGACCCUCGUCGGCUCUCGGACACACUCCGUCGUGCAGCAGUUCACAAAGUUCCAACUCCUGCUGGACCCCUUGGACCCGUCUUCACCUAGGAGCCCUCGCAAGCAGGGCCAGUUCCAGCUCUUCGCCGACACCCUUACCAAGUUUGACGAGGAGUGCACCAACUCUGUGAUAGAGUCCGAUGACCUGCCGAAGACUGAAGUGCAAGUUAUGUGGAAAGCACCUCCAGAAGGCUCUGGUUGUGUGUUAUUCAAGGCCAUGGUGUACGAGAACGAGAGCAGCUGGUUCGCGCAGGACGGCCAGCUCAGCAAGCGGCUGUGCGAGGACGCCGCGGCCAGCGCGCCCGACUGCUGCGCGUGCGACGACGCCAAGUACCGGAUGGUGUUCGAAGGGCUGUGGUCGCCACAAACGCACCCUAAGAACUUCCCCGUCCAGGCGCUGUGGCUCACGCAUUUCUCCGAUGUGAUCGGCGCUACACACCCCAAAACAUUCAAAUUCUGGGGCGAAGGGGAAAUCGCUACUGACGGUUUUAGGUCGCUGGCCGAGUGGGGCUCGGUGGGGCUGUUGGAGCGCGAGUUGCGCCAGCGCGGGCCGGCGCUGCGCUCCGUGCUGAAGGCGGGCGGCCUGUGGCACCCGCGCCUCAACCAGAACACCAGCGCCGCCUUCGUCGCCGACCGCAAGCGGCAUCUGCUGUCCCUCGCCUCCAUGUUCGGACCGUCUCCCGACUGGGUGGUGGGUGUGAGCGGCCUCAACCUCUGCAACAAGAACUGCACGUGGGCCGAGAGCAAGGUCAUCGACCUCUUCCCCUACGAUGCCGGCACUGAUGACGGCAUCUCAUACAUGUCGCCGAACGCCGAAUCGAAGCCUCGCGAGAAGAUGUACCGCAUCACCACCAUGUACCCGGAGGACCCGCGCGCCCCCUUCUACGACCCCGCGCAGCAGGAGAUGCAACCCAUGGCGCGCCUCUACCUCACGCGGGAGAAGCUCAUCUCGCGCUCCUGCGACGAGGAGGUGCUGCUGAGCCAGGUGGCGGAGGAGGUGGACAACGCGGACUCCUCCGGCAGGCCGGAGUGCGCGGUGGGCGAGUGGGGCGCGUUCUCCGCGUGCUCGGUGACGUGCGGCAAGGGGCUGCGCAUGCGCACGCGCGCCUACCGCAUGCCGGAGAAGGCGCAGAUGUUCUCCUGCGAGCGCCAGCUCGUGUCCAAGGAGAUGUGCGUCGCCGCCGUGCCCGAGUGCGAGGCAGACAGCGCCAACGAGGCGGAGCCGGACUACGACGUGGCGCCCGUCGAGGACGUGGCGGGCGUGUGCCAGACGUCGGAGUGGGGCGCGUGGAGCGAGUGCUCCGUCACGUGUGGCAUCGGCAUGAACACGCGCCGCAGACACUUCCUCAACCAGAUGGGGCUCAAGAAGUGCCCGCUGGUGCACAUCGAGGAGAACCGCAAAUGCAUGCAGCCUCCGUGCUCGGAGGAGGAGGCGCUGGCGGACGUGUCGGACCCGACGUGCCCCACGUCGGACUGGGCGGCGUGGUCGCCGUGCUCGGCGUCGUGCGGGCGCGGCGUGCGGUUCCGCACGCGCCUGCUGCUGGUGCCGGGCGCGCAGCAGGCGCCGUGCUCCGCGCGCGUCGAGCUCAUGCAGCAGCGCGCGUGCCAGGAGCGGGCCGACUGCGCCGUCGACGUGCCCACCGCCAAACGUAUUUGCAUGGAGGCCCCUGAGCAAGGGCCGUGCCGCGGGCUGUACCGGCGCUGGGCGUUCGCGGCCGCCAAGGGCAUGUGCGUGCCCUUCGACUACGGCGGCUGCCGCGGCAACCGCAACAACUUCAUCUCGCAGGACGACUGUCUCAGCACCUGCAGCGUCAUACUAGGAGGCGCGCCGGCGGCGCAGGGGCCGACCGUCAGCACCAACUUCCCCGGCCUCAGCGUCAGCUCCAUCGAGCCCGCCCCGCCCGCUAGCAAUGCGACCUUUUGGAGGCAUCCACCAAACGAGCCAGGUUUGCCGGCAGGCGCCGCGGCCAGCGACUGCCGGCUCAGCGGCUGGGGCGAGUGGAGCCCCUGCAGCGUCACGUGCGGCAUCGGCUACCAGGAGCGCAGCAGGGCCGUGCUGGCCCAGCCGGGCCCGGGGGGCGCGCCGUGUCCGGAGCGCCUCAGCCGGCGACGCCGCUGCUCCAGGUCGUGCUAGCCUGCGAGCACUCCGCGCCGGGUGGCCCGCGCCGCUCGGGCUCCUGAAGCCAGAGAUGGCGGAGUUUCACUGCAGACUGGCGUGCCAUAUUUUAGCUAACUAUUAAGUGAAAGUUAAUGAUGCGACCGACCGGUGUGGCUUUUACUUAAUAUUCAUGUUUAAGAAAAACCAAUAUAUAAUUUGAUAUUAA